AUGCAGGUCAGCAUACCAUCACCGUCGCGCUCGCGCGCAUCGUCAGGGAGCAAAUCGCCACUUUUCCUCGACCUCUCAGAUCUGCCGCCUCUUGUCGAGCCGUCGCCGCCCUCGAAUACAUUGAUUAUCACAAAUCUCCUCGCACCCGAGAUCUUCCAGCCCGCCACGCUCACAGAGAUCCGGCAGACCAUCGACACACACGCCAAGGUCCACACCUGGGCGCCGCUGAAGUCGUUCAAGCGGAUCGUCGUCUCCUUCUUCAGCGAGAGCGACGCCAUCACCAUCCGGCAGACGCUUGACGGUGAAGCAAUCAUGGGUUACCGCAUGCGCGUCUACUUCGGCAUCAACACGCCCAUGAACCCGUCAGACCAGCACCUGCCCCUCCCCAAGAGCGACAAGCUGUUCUUCAUCAGCCCGCCGCCGAGCCCGCCCAUGGGAUGGGAGAUGCGCAACGAGGACGCGCCGAAUACGCUCGUGCAUCCGGAGGAUUUGGCCGAGGCGCUGGCGAAGCUGCACGCCCGGCCGAAUUAUGAUGCGUACUCACCGGUUUCAGACGGCGCGUCGCCUUCCAUGUCGAGACGGCGGACCGGUAGCACCGUGGUGGUGUAUCAUCCAGAGGAUCACGGCGACUCGCCACAGCUGCCGGCGAUAAGCGUCGAGGACACGACCGAGAUGUCCGAGCUGCCUGGGAUGCCUGAGAUGCCCGAGAUGCCGAGCCCGGACACGAUGGAGGGCGUCGAGGGCGCGAUUGCGUCGGAGAAGGCGCUGGGAAGGAACGUGAGCACUGCGAGGCCGCCGGUCGAGUUGAUGCACUGA